AUGAAAUAUGUUGAAGUAAGAAAAUAGUUCCUUCAAAUGAACUCUAGGGUUUAGCUAAAAGUCGAUCAAUCGUUGCAGAUCUGAGAAAAUGAAGUAUCCCGCCUCAACUAAAUUGGCAAAGAAUUACCCUAUUUGUGCUUCAUAUUCAGUAUAUUCCCACUUUGUGCCUAGUUUUGGGCUGUUCGCGGAUGAUAAAAUUAGUGGACUAUUAUUUACCGUCCCUAGAUUACUAGUCAAACACGAAGAACGGAUACCAAAAAUCUCGGAUGAAAAUGUUGGAAUCUAACCGAGUAAGAGGACGAGAUACUAGGUGAUGAUUGCAGAGUAAAGAAUCUAUCAGAAAAAAAAUUCUACUGACUGCUCGGCAGCUACAGUUAGAGACGGAUGUUGAUGGGUUGGGAGUUCGACAUGUCCGAUCUCGAUGUGUAAACGCCUCAGCUUGACGACAGAGAGAGCAGAGGCGGACUGCUGUUGUUGAGAACCGUAGUGGAACAGAGGAGGCUGUUGAUGAUCAGCCGAUAGAUGAUAAUCUGAAUAGUUCAGAGGAUUCAGCACCAGUCUUUAUUUCUCGACGUAGGAAGGGGAGCGAUAGACAGUUUGAUGAUGCAAGGUAUCUAGUGAAUGAUACACCUACAGUUAAAGCUAAGGCUGAAGUCCGUAGUGUUGUGCAUUAUUCUGUGACUGAGCCUGCAAAGGAAGUUAACAAAGAUGAACCGAAACUGCCCGAGCGAGCAGUUGAAACAUCACUAAAUCAAGUUCCCCUGGGUUGUCAUAACAAAGAAAUUAAAAGGCACACGAAAAAUCUACCCAAUAAAGCAGUACAUGGAACUCAGGCAACAGUUGGACCACCAAAUGCUAUAGUAACUCCUUUAACUGCUAAAUCACUGAGCAGACUGAAGGAGCAGUUCAAACCGGAGAUUCCACUAAUGAACAAGAAAUAGUGAAGGAAUCAUUUCUGCCUCCUACUAUUGUCGACGAAAAGGAUCUUUUUCAGCUCAAUAUGGAGAAUCCUGCCUCAACUAAAUUCACAUGGAAAUUCGAUAACUUCUCCAAAUUGACUCCAAAGGAACUUUAUUCAGACAUUUUCAUUGCCGAAAGAUGUAAAUGGCAUUUGCUUAUCUAUCACAAUAGAACCUAUGGUGAUAUUUUUUCGAUUUACAUAGUUGCUGACUCAAUGAGUUUGCCAAAUGGUUGGAGCAGAGAUGCAGAUAUUAGCCUGUCAGUAAUUAAUCAAUUCAAUACCAGGUGUAUAGUUAGAAAAGGUACACAUGUAUUCAGUGCAAAAGCCAAAGGUUGGGGUUGCCAAUCUCCUCCUAGAGAAAUAAGUGGUCCUGCUGCAUGGUAUCUAGUGAAUGAUACCCUUACAGUUGAAGCUGAGAUUCAAGUCCAUCGUGUUGUGCAUUAUUCUGUGACUGAGCCUGCAAAGGAAGUUAACAAAGAUGAACAGAAACUGCCCAAGCGAGCAGUUGAAACAUCACUAGAUCAAGUUCCCCUGAGUUGUCAUAACAAAAAAUUUAAACGGUGCACAACAAAUCUACCCCAGAAGGAAGUACAUGGAACUCAGGCAACGGUUGGACCACCAAAUGCUAUAGUAACUCCUUUAACUGCUAAAUCACUAAGUCAGACUGAAGGAGCAGUUCAAACCCUAGCGACCACUAAUGAACAAGAAAUAGUGAAGGAAACACUUCUGUCUCCUGUGGAUGAAAAGGAUCCUUUUCAGGAUUCUCCUUCUGUGCCUGUAUUAUCCUCCCCUGAUGUGCAGAAAAUUUCUAAGGAUCUUCUGACUGAAAUUUCAAGUCGGACAAAGACUCAAAAAUCUCUUCCUAGCUAUGAAAUUCCAGUUUUAAGCGAAGCAACUAGGACUGACUUCGUAUGUCAACAAAAGGAAGCACUGGACGGGUUUCUCAAUACGUCAUUAGAGGCUAUACAACAAGCUGGUGCCUUUGGAAAUAUCGAGAAGACUAUCCUUGUACUAAUUCAGCAUGCUAACAGUUUACAGGAGAAGACAAUUCUUGAAGAUCUAGCAUCUCGCUUGGCAGAAUUUCGAGAGAGCAUCCCGAGAUCUACAACCAUUGUAGAAACUCUGCAAGCUCGCAAAACAUCUCUUGCAGGGAAAACUAUAGAUCUUAAUGCAAGACUGGAGCAAAGACGAAAGGAACUAACUUCCUUGGAGGAAAAUUUUUCGAGGCUUUCGGAAGAAGAAGCAAAACUACACGCUGAAAUUCAGCUCUUAACAACACAAAAGGAGGAGCUUCUUUCCCAGAAGCAAUCUGCUGCAAUUGAACUGCAGAAAGCCAAUGAAGGAGCAUCGAGAGACCUUGAAGAAUGGAGAGGCUUAGAAGAGGAAAUUAAGCAGUCCAAUGCCGAACGGCUCGGAGCCAAAGAGAAACUGGCAUUAGCUAACGUGCGUUGGAAACACUACAAAGAGGAUCUUGCAGAGACCAUGAAGAAUGGAGAGGCUUAGACGGGUAAAUCAAGCAUUCAGUGGCUCUGAGCCAAAAAGUAGCUUAUGCUAAUGUGGGUUGGAAACUCUACGAUGACGAUCUUGGUCUUGGGAAGCUUAAUAUUUUGUAAAGUUAAUUGAAUCAUGUAUUGGAAUAGUUUAUUAGCUUUCAAUGUGAAGUUAUGCAAAAACAUUAUCAUGCUAAUUUACUUUUCCUCUACCAUUAGGAGCAACUUUAGAAAUUUUGUUCGCCCACCUAAACGUGUAUCACUAUAUUAGUGUUUGAAUUUUACUUUUGAAAUUAGUAUUUUUACUCUUAAAAGUAAA